AUGGUUGUGAAGUUGAUAAUUUUCCUGUUCCUGUUUUCUUUUGGCGCCUGCUCGGUGAUCAUACCAGAGGAACUGCCAUCGUUGCUGUCUGUUGCGUAUUCUAAUAUUCCUCCAAUCAAAAAAGGAACGGACUCACGAGUGGGAUUUGGCUUCGCCUUCGGCAACCAUGCUGAUUUUCAGAUCAUGUUCGAGUUAGGGCCACAGACGAACACCAUGAACCUCACUGGACAACCGUUUCCAACGAAUGCGAAGCGUCAAGUGCCCACAUUACCUCCUCAAAAAAUAAACAAAAAUAGAGAAAAGUUCUAUCAAACUGAAGCCGGGAAAUAUCUGCAAAGCUGGGCCCAAAAAAUGAAGAGUCCUCAAAAACAAGCUCAAAAGAAACCUGAAGUCAGCAAGCCAGGUGAAGUUAUGAACUUAGAAGAUUCUGUUGUGGAGUUGGUGAAGAACGAAAAAGGAGAGUACGAGAUACAUCAACCGCGGCCAGGACAUAUGCCUCAGUUUGUCUUGGAUAACCUAAAAAAACUCUACGGACAAAAGAAAGAAGACGCACAGAUACCGAAUGCACAGAAAACAGAACAGAAAAGAAGCGACGAAGAAGUGCGAAAAAUUACCGAGGAUUUGUCUAACGUUGAUCUGGAUUAA